AUGAGAGGAAGGUCAGAUCCGUUCAACGAGUCAUAUCCCGGAAAGUCACGGGCUCCCGGACGUUAUAAAGCAACCAGCUCCGUCUUCUUUCCUCCCCCACCAUCCCACACUACCACCGCUCAUCUGCUCCAAUACAACCAAUUUUUCUUUCCCAAUCACCACACAUCUUCUUCAAAAUGGGUCCCGACCACACCUGCAGCUGCGGUUCUUCUUGCGCUUGCCCUGCUGGCGCUUGCAACUGCCCCAAAUAAACAAAUCGCUUAUGAUGCACUCCUUCGGGAAUCACUGGGCUUUUUGCACUGA